AUGGUAUAUUAGUUCAGUGAAUUAUUUAUUAAAGAUAAUAAAUGGUUGGUUGUUUUUAUUUAUGUGAAACUUAUCCACUUAUAUCGGGAUGACAACUAUAGUUGUAAACCGAGUUUUAUUCACUCAUUUGUAUACAUCUUGUUAGGUUACCUUGAAAUAUAUUUAUAUAUAUAUAAAGGCAAAAUUAUAUGAAAUGUUAGUUAUCAGAUAAUACAUUGUCAAAUCUAUUUAUAGUCAGAAUAAAAUUCAAAAAUAGAUUGAAUUUAAAACCAAAACAAAGACAUCAACAACUGACAUAAAAGAUUCCCCAAAAAAGUCAAUAUACAUUUGGAAAAAAAUUGACAAAGGAAGUAAAAUAAAUUCAAGAUUAUACGAAAUAUCAUGUUCGUCAUAUGUAUUAGAUUAUUACUUCAGAUUUAUGUGAUAAUUGGAGUUCUAAUCAGUAUGAAUAUGUAUCAGUUAGUACAAACAACUGGCUAUUUUCUGUGUGUUGUUGAAACAGCUAAAAUAUGUCAUGGUCUCUGUCAACAACUUGGAUGUAAUGAUCGAUAUUUUAUGGGUGUUAUUCCAUCAAAAAGUGAUAAAAUCAAACGGAAUUAUCGUUGUCGUUGUUUUCCAGAAUAUCAUGUUUGCUUUUAUAAUCCAUUACCAAAAAAAAUUUAUGAUAUUGAUUAAUGCUAAUAAUAAUAAUAAUAAUGAUAAUGUUUGUCAUGAUAUAUAUUUCAUUAAAAGAAUUAGCAAAAUGAAAAUUUGUACAUAGUUCAAAUACACAUGUGUGUGUUUUUGUGCGAGUGUUUAAAGAAACAGUGCCAGGUAACAUUUGUAAUUUUGUGCAAAUAUUGUCUGUCUCAUGGGAAUGAAAUGUUUAAUUUAUGUGUAUCACAAAUAGUUCGUUAAAGCUACAAUACACCUGUCCUGCUCCAAUUACCAUAUGCAUUUCCGCUUUACUAUAAUCAAACAGAAUCGAAAUCAGCCUCAAAAUAUCCUGCUUGCUAUAAGUCCGGACAAGGAGAUGCAUCUCAUAUUUAUUCAAUUCAUUCCGUUAUUGUAUAGACAUCGAUGUGGUACAACGUACAAGUUAAGAUGCAUGUUUCAGUAUUGCCUAUAUAUAUAUAUUACUCUGGGAUUGAAUACUUUUCAAUAUGUGAUAAAUUGAAAUAUGGUUCCAUAUAUUCAUAUAUACAGAAAGUUCAUAGGAUA